AUGUCAACCAAUAAUGCAACAGAAGAUUCAUUCGAUCAGGCCCAGCAGAGGUUCCGCAAGGACCUCCGUGAUCCCGGUCUGUACAACGAGAUCUUGACGGCCAAGUCCAUUAAUGAGGUCUACAAGGCGACAUCCGACAUCCAAGCAAAGAUGGGACCACAGGGCAAGAUGCGACACUUGGCCAAAAUCAAACCCCUGCUCGACCGCCUCACAGAGUAUGCAUUGGUGAUCGAGGUCUUCAUGCAAGCUAAACCUGAAGUGAUUGCCCUGAUAUGGGGCCCCAUCAAGAUCAUCCUGCUAUGGUCUAGUCAAAUCAGUAGCGUCCUCAACAAGAUCUCGGAUACACUGGAGAGCGUUGGACACGCCUUGCCACAGUUUGCGGUACUGGCGCAGACAUUUGACUCCAAUGACGUUGUCAAGGACGCAUUAACCUUGUUCUACUUGGACAUUUUGGAUUUCUAUCGCAUCCUAUUUGAUUUCUUCCGCAAGACUCGUUCACUGAUUGACCUUUCGAUGACAGGGUGGAAGCAGAUUUUUGACGUGAUAUGGGAGGGACAGCAGAAGAAGCUGGACGUCGUAAUCGACAACUUUCAGAAACAUUCGAAUCUACUGCGGAGCGAGGUGACUAUCCUAGACAUCCAACAAGCAAGAGAAGAUCGGCUUCGUUCAUCAGAACACUUUACCAGAGCAGAGGCCUUUCAGGAGCUCCAAAAAUACCUUGGCCUGAAAGCUCGCCUCUCUCCAAGCAUGUAUGACGAUCGGCUAGACUGGUUGCGCAACAGGAGGACUUCCGGCUGCGCGACAUGGCUGUUCCAGGAUGAGAAGUUUUGCGAAUGGCUCGACAUCUCAAAAAGCACCGUCGUUUGGAUCUGGCUACAGGGAAUUCCGGGAGCAGGAAAGACGUAUCUGACUGCUGCGGCUAUUGAGCACACGAGGGAGCAUCACCAAGCCCUCUUCGCGUUUGCGACUCAUGCGAACAACAGUAGCUUUUCGGCGUUUUCGAUUCUUCAAUCCCUCAUGUUUCAAGCUGCUGAGGAUGACAAGGACUUUCAGACUCUCUUGGUUGAGUCACAAGAGCGCGAGCUUCAAGGAAACACGGGUUAUAUCGUGGGCUUGCUAAAAACGUUUCUUGCGACCUCUGGAUCUAUAUUCAUCAUUAUUGACGGGCUGGAUGAGAUGGAAGAGUGCGAGCGCCAGAUUCUCUUGCACCGAUUAACCGAACUCUCCAAAGAGUGCAAGGACCUCCGACUUCUCAUCUCCAGCCGAUCUGAGGACGACAUCUCCAGGAGGCUCGAGGACAGGGCCACCACAAUUCGAGUUGAUGACAGGAACUCGGGCAGUAUUCAGAUCUAUGUGGAUCAGAGGUUUGAAGAAUGGAUGGCCAGCCGGCAUUUCAAUCCAGCCACGAAAAAAGAGCUCCUCCAGUUCAUCUCGCCGUUGUCGGCAAAAGCAAAUGGCAAGUCUCCAUUCAUGAACAGCAUUGAAGAAAUUCGAUCUGAGCUCAAAGCACUUCCAAACGAUUUGGAGGGCGCAUACCACCGCAUUUUCCGUCGCAUAAACAAACUAAGACCGCAGCUUCGAGCCAAAUGCCGAAAGAUAUUGGGCUGGAUCGGGAGCGCCCCGGUUCCUCUAACAGCGCUUGAGAUGGAACAGGCGUUAUCCAUUGAUUCGAAUCUGGAGAAAGAGCUCAGUGAGCCACCUCAGCUCGUCACAAAUGUCAGCUUCGUGCAGAUGUGUGGCCCUAUCAUUGAGGUUGUGGAUGAGAAGCUACAGUUUGUUCACUUCACUGUCCACGAGUACAUAUUCAGCAAUGAUAUCCGGCACUAUAUUGACAAGUCAUUUUCUGCCCAAGAACUGGCUUUGACACUUCUUGCCUACCUUGGCUCAAGCAUCAUGGAUGUGGACCUUGACGACGAGGACAUACAAGAGAACAUCCUGACCGGGAAAUAUCGACUCUUUGAGUAUGCGGCAUUGUUCUGGCCCAAAUUGGUCUAUGAAACAAAUGACCGAGAACAGCGUCCAGCCCAUCUUCGAGAGCUGCUGGAUAGACUAAUGCAACGAGGGAGAAACUAUCGUUUUAAAGGUACCACAGAGCGUCUGAAACCUCUCAUCAAGAACUCUUAUUUGCAGCGGAAAUGCCCGGAAGCCCUCGCGAUGGUCUGCGAGGCCUUGCAGUUUCACUUGGACGACAGGCGAUAUGACUGGAACUGGAGCAAUAGCGAGACAUGGGUCGACCUAGAUCCCCUGACUACUUCACAAAUGUUGGUACGAAUCCAAGAACAGCACGAGUCUCUAGCACUCAAUCCGACGCGCGUGGCAUCACUGCACUCUCACUACGGCGCCGGCCUGCUCAGGUGCAGGUUUGCGUUUUGUGAGCACAGCUAUCGAGGCUUCCAAACCAGCCGCGAUCGAGAAGACCACAUCAAAACUCAUGGAAGGCCGUGGAAAUGCUCCAUCCCCAACUGCGACUUUUCCUCCAUUGGAUUUUCGUCCAAGGCGACGCGCGACCAGCACUGGCUGAAGCUUCAUCUACCUAAUGCAAGCCAACUCAAUACGGGCCCCGAUGAGUUUGACAACCUGGAUGUGGCCGAGGCCCAGCCCAUCCUCUUCGGCCUUGUCAUCGAAGGCGAUGCCGACGGUGCCAGGCGCUUGCUCUCAGCCCCAGGUGGGAAACAGCUCAAGGCCGAAGUCAUCGACUCUGCCCGCUGUCUUGCGGCCAAAGAGGGCUCCCUGGCAUUGACACAGCUCCUUGCACCGGUAGGAGAGACUGGCACACCACGGAUCAUCGUGACGUCUGCCAUCCAGAGCGAAGAUGUUGAGUUCGCCAAGUGGGCCAUCUCGACAUCUCAGCCAGAGGACCGUGUUAAAAUCAUGAAGGUCGCACUUGGUUCCAAAUCCGAGGAGAUCUACAGCCUGUGGGAAGACUACCUGCUCAAUGUGCCACACCUGGUGCCCGAGUUAUCAAUACAUGGCGAAAAGAGUUCGUUUGAUGUGCUUUUCAACCGGACACUCUUCACUGGUAUCAAGAACGACCCUCUGAAGGAAGCCAGGGUGAAGCACACGUUGCGCAAGCUGGCAGAUAGAAUACCACCCGCUCUGCUAGGAUCUCUGCUCGUAAGCGUCGCCAAGUCAAGCUGCUCCCUCUCCCUAGCAGAGGAGCUGCUAGCCUUGGGAGCUCCCAUCGACUAUCCAAACCAGGCCAGGAGAGCGAGCAUGACGGCGCUGCAAAUCGCUGCGAAAAAGACUACCAAGGAAGCGGCCCUACUCAUGCAAUACCUCAUCCUCAAUGGAGCAGAUCCGAACCCGAUGCCAUGGAUACAUCUUCGCCCCGGGAAAGAAAAAGGCGCAAGAGGCAUCGCCCAGUAUGUGGGCAGGACGUGGGACGAACUGGUGGAGGCUGGUGCUGAGGCCAGAUCUGAGUUACAGCAGAGGAUGUGCGUGGGUGUUCAUUCGCGAAGGUAG